UUGUUAUCUCUUUGUAUUAAGCCAAAAACACAGCCGAAUCUAGAUAUAACUUCUCUCUACAUCUAUAUAUCUCUCUCUCUGCUCGAUCAAUAUAUACGCACACCAAAUUAAAAACACAAACAAAGUUGGAAUUGAAAAGAGGAGUAGUAUUAUCAAAUGAAUAACAACAAUAGCAAUUGUAUGGAAAUGAGUGGAAGCGAAGAUGAUGAUCAGAUGAACAUGAUGGAAGACCUUAGAAGAGGGCCAUGGACGGUUGAAGAAGAUUUCACUCUCAUCAAUUACAUCGCUCAUCAUGGUGAAGGCCGAUGGAAUUCUCUUGCUCGUUGUGCCGGACUCAAAAGGACCGGCAAAAGUUGCCGAUUAAGGUGGUUGAAUUAUUUACGUCCCGAUGUUCGUCGUGGAAAUAUUACUCUUGAAGAACAACUCUUGAUUCUUGAACUCCAUUCUCGUUGGGGCAAUAGGUGGUCGAAAAUAGCACAACACUUGCCAGGAAGAACAGAUAACGAGAUAAAGAAUUACUGGAGAACACGAGUUCAAAAGCAUGCAAAACAAUUAAAAUGUGACGUGAAUAGCAAGCAAUUUAAGGAUACCAUGAGGUAUCUAUGGAUGCCACGGCUCGUCGAGAGAAUUCAAGCAGCUGCCACCACCACCACCACCACCGGUGGCGGAUCCAGCUCCUCAACCACCUCGACAACAACAACCAAUUCAUACCCACUAAACCCAAGCAACAACAUGGAGAGCAACAAUAAUAGUAUUGUGACAAGCCAAUUAGUAUUGCCACAAGGCAAUAAUAACAAUAAUUGUUCAUCAAAUAAUUAUGGGAACAAUAAUACACAAAUGAUCACUCCAAGCAGCUACACAACUACAGAUAAUUCUAGCAACACCGCGGUGUCACCUGUCUCUGACUUAACCGAAUGUUACUAUCCAGCUGCAAAUCAAAGCCAGAAUCAUCAAGACUUCUUUCAACACAAUAAUAAUAAUAAUUCGAUUAGUAGCGGAUUUAACAACGACACGCUUAUUAGCCCCUCGGCUUGUUACUAUAAUCAAGGUAUGGAUUUUCAAGGCUAUGUAGAGCAAAACAACCACCAAUGGAGCAAUGGAGGUGAUGAUUUCUCAGACAACUUGUGGAACGUUGAGGAUAUUUGGUAUCUAAAACAGCAAUUCAACAUGUGAAAAAUUAGAUAACCAUAUAAAAAAAAUA